AUGUCCAAUCCAUGGAUCAAGUUUGUGCGUACAGCACUGACUCAUCCUAAACAUUCGCCAUGGAUUAUCGCCUUGUUGUUCCUAGGCGAUGCGGCUCUUUGCGCACUGAUUAUCUGGAAGAUCGCCUAUACUGAAAUUGACUGGACGACAUACAUGCAGCAAAUCUCCAUCUAUUUAGCUGGCGAACGUGACUACACUGCGAUCAAGGGCUCAACGGGGCCUUUGGUCUACCCUGCUGCUCAUGUCUAUAUCUAUUCGCUGCUCCAUGACCUGACUGAUGGUGGCCAUGACAUCCUCAUGGGCCAGAUUCUAUUUGCAGGCCUGUACCUGGCAACUUUGAUUGUUGUUUUUGCCUGUUACAGACGAGUUCAGGUCCCGCCAUAUCUCUAUCCCCUGCUGGUUCUUUCCAAACGGCUUCAUAGCAUCUAUAUGCUGCGCAUGUUCAAUGACGGGAUUGCGGCGCUGGCAAUGUGGAUUGCUAUUUAUCUGUGUAUGAGACAAAAGUGGACUGCUGGUAUCGCCAUCUGGUCUUUGGGUGUGGGAGUCAAGAUGACUUUGGUUCUACUGGUUCCCGGGAUCGCUGUCGUCACCCUCUUGAACCUCGGUCGGGGACGCAGCAUCGCUCUUGGUGUGAUGGCGAUUUUGAUUCAAGUCUUGAUUUCUAUUCCCUUCAUUCGCGAGAACCCGCUUGGCUAUCUAUCGAAAGCCUUUGAAUUAUCACGGCAGUUCAUGUUCAAGUGGACCGUGAAUUGGCGGUUCGUCGGUGAAGAGACCUUCUUGUCAAAAGAAUUUUCCUUGGGAUUGCUAGUGUUGCAUGUUUCCCUAUUGGCUCUAGCUUCAGCAGUAUGGGUAAAGCCAUCCGGGACCAAUGUGGUCCGCUUCCUUCAAGACAGCAUACAGGGCCGUCAUCCGCCCAUGUCACUUUCGGGAUCAUUCAUCAUGACCGUCCUCCUGAGCUCGCUGACAAUCGGCAUGCUUUGCGCUCGAUCGCUGCAUUACCAAUUCUUCUCAUACCUGGCAUGGGCAACGCCAUUUUUGUUGUGGCGCGCCGGUUUCCACCCCGUUCUGAUCUAUGGGCUAUGGGCCAUGCAAGAGUGGGCUUGGAACGUGUAUCCCAGCACCGAUCUCAGCUCGCUGGGGGUGGUCGUGUUGCUCGCUGUGCAGGUCUUUGGCGUGAUUGCCAAUGGUAUCCGCGACACGGAGAGCAAGCGCGGCGCAGCUGCGCUUCGUGCGAAGGGGCGCACCCAGUGA